GAGAAGGAGGGACUAUAUUUCGCAACCCGAAUCGCCUUCUAUCCGGAACCGUUCUAAGCUCCUCCGCAUUCGACCCUUCCCGGUUUCCCCCCUUCUUCUCCGGCUCGGACCGGGUCCGGUUCGUUAUUCCGGCCUUCACAAACCUCCUCCUCCUACAUAAACGGAAAUUCUGUAUAUCUACGAUGCCUUUGUAUUGCAGAAAUCCCUUCACCAAAACUCACUUUCCAACUACAACAGAGCUUUUCCAGCUGAAGACGGCGAAAACAUUUCCAGUGGUUUCAGUGAAGGUAAGAAGAAGAGUUCAAGAUUCUGGGCGUUUGGAUGACAAUAAAUGGACAAGUCGAGCGAUAGCAGUCCCAAAGGUUAAUGCUAAUGAGAACUUCGGAUGCAGGAAAGUAAAUGAAAAGCCAGGGAAAAAAGAGCACCAUUUAUGGAUGAAAAGAGAUUCAGCUGGAUCUGGGCAAAAGGCUCUCAAUCUUGUUCGCAUUGUUUCGAAACUUCCAAAUGAGAAAGAGAUCAUCUAUGGAGCAUUGGAUAAGUGGACCGCAUGGGAAGCAGAAUUCCCAUUGAUUGCAGCUGCUAAAGCUCUUGGAAUUUUGCGGAAGAGAAAUCAAUGGUUGCAAAUAAUUCAAGUUACAAAAUGGAUGAUGAGCAAAGGCCAAGGACAGACAAUGGGAACAUACGACACACUUUUAUUGGCAUUUGAUAUGGACGGAAGGGUAGAUGAGGCAGAAUCCAUUUGGAAUAUGAUUUUGCAAACACAUACACGCUCUGUUUCAAAGCGGGUGUUCUCCCGAAUGAUCUCCUUGUAUGACCAUCAUCACAUGCCAGAGAAGAUCUUAGAGGUAUUUGCAGACAUGGAAGAAUUGGGAGUAAAACCCGAUGAAGACACCAUCAGAAGAGUGGCACGUGCCUUCAAGAAGUUGGACCAAGAAGACAAACAGAAGCAAGUGCUUAAGAAAUAUGAGAGGAAAUGGAAGUACCUCCACUUCAAUGGGGAAAGUGUUAGAGUAAGAACAACACCAGCAUGGGAUGAAUAGUUGUAUUCAUUGAGGAAACAGGAGGAAUUGGUAAUUGGCAUUGGAUCAGUCCCACAGUAGCUUUUCCGCCACAUUUGGAUAUUGGGAUGUGAUCAUUAUAUCUGGUUUUCUUCAUAUCAUUGCAAAUCUGGAAAUAUGAGGAGAGCGUAAGAAAUGAGUUUCAGAUUAGAUGUAGAGAGCUCCAAUGGAAAACAAAACUGACACUUUUGCUCAUCGCCAUGUAAAGAGUGAAGCACUGCAUCUGUGUUGGUUUGAUGCAUUAUGCUGUCUCCGUCGUGUUCAAGGAAGCGGAACUUACAUAAUCAGGAUUCAGAAGAGGAAAAUGAUCGUCUCCAUUGUAUCUUUUCUGAUGAAAAAGAACCUUUCUUGUGCAGCUUCCUCAUUAAGUAACAGUUUCAGAUAUGUAUCUUCAGCACACAACAUUGUCAGAAUUGCACAGGGUUUUUUAU